UUUUGGCAGAUGCACCGGUUGUCAAUUUUUGCAAUGAUUCAUUGAUUUAUGUCUUUGUUCUGAUUAUUUUUUCUACGAUGUAUCGUGCGUUGUAUGAUUAUAAAACUGACGUGAAAAAGUAUUUGUCCUUUCAAACGGGCGAUCAGUUCACCGUGCUUGACACUUCUCAACAAGACUGGUACUUGGCCCAAAAUGGUUUCGGAGAAGUCGGAUACAUUCCAAAAAACUAUGUGGUUAAGGACGUAGUAGAACUUGCUGAGAUCCUGAAAUCCAUUGAUAGGGCACUGGAGAUGAUACAUUAUGAAGCUAGUAGCAAAGGUGGUCAGUACACACACAUACAGAGAGAAAAUCUCAAAAAAUUAACAGAACACAGACAAAAUGUAUUGCAUAACUCACAAGCUGGGCAUCAAGAGGCUGUGCAACCAAAACGUCAAUCAGUAAAAAGAUCUGCCCCUCCCCCACCCACCAGUGUGAAUGAAAUAAAAACCCAAGAAGGGGGACAACUCUUAAAUACUGAUGUAUCAGCAAGAGUUACAGAACAUGAACACAAAGAACAAACGAGUAAAUCUACCAAACACAGUACUUCCAGUCAUUUUGCAUCAACUUGUCAAAACUUAGAAACAGUCAAAGACAAUUUGGACAUGAAUGUGAAAUCUGCAGUGGACUCUAUUGACACUGCUUCAAGUCCCAUUCCAUCACCCUCCAAACUGAAGACAGAUGGAAUAUUAUGUGGAGGUGGUAGGGUUGUAGAUGAAAAUGUUGAGAUUUCUGGUCACCUUGGUAGCACUUUGAUUGAGGAAGUCAGGAAAAGUACAGGCAUUAGCUACAAGAAAUCUUGUGUAGCUGUUGAAACGGUGUUGAGAAUGAUUUCUGAACAUGUUCCAGAAAUUGCUUCAGUUAUCAACAGGAUUUAUAAAACAACUGAGGAGUCAGUGGUGAAGGCUUCAGUGUCUGUAGAGGAGGCCAGUUCUGACUAUGAGCGCCUGUGUGAGCUGUUCUCCCAGCUGACAGCCUGCAAGGACGACUCCCAGCAGAGGAGCUGGGCCCUGCAUGAGGAUGAGGGCACCAUCUCGACAUGCCUGCUUGACAUGCUCUCCAUACUGGAGAAUGCCAAGACUUCUGUGUCACUCAGAGCCCUGGCCUCUGAUAGCUAUGAAAACAUUCAUCAUUUAGUGCAAUAUUACCAAAUGGAGACCCGGUUAAAGCUGCGCCUGUUGCUGCUGCAAGUGUUUGGGGCCAUGUGCACGCUGGACAAGAAGGGCCCAGUGAUCACACUACUGCUGUGUUCUGUACUCACCACAGAGCUAGCCAAGGAACUACAGCUGAAUAUUGAAGACUGCCAGCGUAGCAGCUAUGUAGCGUUGCUGUUGUCAAUGAUAUUUUCAACAGGGGAACCAGUGCCAGCCAGUUUGCAUGAUCACCUGAACGCAGAGUUUGUUCAGUUUCUUUUCAACAACAUCGAAAACCCUGCCUCGGGAGAGCACGAAGAUCAACUCAGUGAUUUGGUCGUAAAUCUUGUGCUAGCCUUCAACCUCCAUUUUUAUGUGCCCAGCAAAAACCUAGUCCUGCAGGUGAUGGAGGAAAGGAAGACUGUGAAAGUGUUCUCAGAGAAAAUACUCCUGCUCUUUAAUAGGGAUGAGGACCCUGUGAGGUUAAGUGAGGACUCAUCCAGCCCAUGUAACAGUGUGAUGAAGAUGUUGCAGGACAUGUACAGCCAGCCUGCCACCUCCUGCAUUCUGUACACCAACGACGCCAAGGUCCUCAUAGACAUCAUACUGAGGCACGUUAUUGACCUGUCACCAGGAGACCAGAAUCGAUCAGCCCACCUAAAGUUGAUGCGACUUUACCUUGAAAAUGCAGACUACUCCGAGACUCGACACAGGUAUUCAGAACUCAAAGAGUGUCUGCACAGAAUACACACGGAGGAAACAGAGAUGGAGGACGAUAAACAUACUGUGGAGUACAUUUUCAGGAAGCUCAACAUGUUUAAUGAUUAGAUUUGUGUGUGUUUUUUAUACCCCUGAAAGGGGCACAUAGUUCUGCACUGUCUGUCAGUAUGUCCGCAUUUUUUAUUUUUCACUUUCUAGUUUCUAACCAGUUUUCAUAUGCUCGUCACCAAACUUUCUGGAAAUGUUCAUGACCAUGGAGGCCAAAUUCAAUAACCUGCCAACUCUCUCUACACACUUCAGAGUUAGUGCUGUUUUUCAGUCCUGCUGAACGUACGAAAGUUCCUGUCUCUGCCAUAACUUUGCUGUAUAUUGAUAGGUUUUAAAAUAACUGCACAAAUGUUAACAAUAAUAAGGCGACUUGUAUGUGUAAAACUUGUCACCCUACAUCACAGAUCACACUUAGGUCAAAUUUAAAAUUUGGCCGUAAAACAGCCUGUCUUAUAGUUGCUUGUAUCACCCGUCUCUUUACCUCAAAGGUCAAGGUUACACUUAGUGGUCCAAAGUCAAAUAUGGCCACAAACAGCUUGUGACAGAAGAGGAGUUUUGAGAUAAAAGAUAAGAGCACAGGCUGGUCUGGAGCUACCUUUACCUGGGCAAUCCAUGCUCUAUGGACACGUCUUGUUGUAUCUUUUUUUAAAAGGUUGUUUAAUGUUUUUUUUAGGAUUAAGUCAAAGAAGUGUGCUAGCAAUAAAAUUAUGUAUAAAUAUAUUUAUGUAUUUAAUAUCUUUCACGAGUAUGUGAAGUUGUAGUACUGUGUAUCCAGAGAUUUCAUUCAGAGGUAUUCCUGAAAUGCUAUCAGAAUAAACUUAAUAAAACAUUUGUUUUAUUUACUCAUGUAAACAGAAAAGAAACGUGUUAAUAUAUAUGUUUGUAUCAAAACAGGUGCUUUAAUUGUUACAGAUUGUUAAAAGAUAAUUUUGCACCAAUAGCAUUCAAGGAAAGAAGUGAGCUUGGCUUUAAUUAAGAUUCUUAUACUUCCUUAUCAAGUAGGUUUUGGUCAUGGUAAGGGUUACUAUUAUUAAAUUAUGCCCAAUAACAUAAGGAACAAAUUGAGCUUUUGUGAUGUAACUUAUCUUUAUAUACCUUAUAUCAAGACCUCACGGCUAAUUAUUUAGGUAUUUGGUGGGUAAGGUCAAGUGGGUUUCUGUUAUUAAAUUAUGAACAUUAACAACAAAUUGAGCUAUUGUGAUGAAAUGUAUCUUUUAUUUUUGAAUUUUAUAUUUAUAUUCAAGGUCAUCAGCAUUAAAAAUAUACAAAUGGAACAUGGUUAAACAGUUUGUGUUCAGGUAUUUAAGUGCACAUUACCCUUGUUAGUGAUACAGAAUUUUGUUUCAUACCUACAUGUAAAUACAUAUAAAGCAUUUCCACAUGGUGUAUUUAAGUACAUUUUGAAACAUUAUUGAAACAUGUUAUUAUGAUUAUGCAUUCAUAUAUGUCUUGUGUAUAAUCAGUUUUUUUUAACCUAGUAGCAGAUAAGCUUUUUGUAAACCCACUUGUUUUUUCAUUUAAAAAAUUGUAGCACAUUAAAAAUGUCACUUUUUUAAAGUUUUAUAUAAAAUUUCACCACUUUGUGUUAUUGAACAUGAAUUUUUUUUGUUUACAAAAAAUCUAAAUAAUGUUUAAACAAUUCAAUAUGGAUUUUAAUCCUACCCUAUAAAUCAUUGUUUCUUUUUAAAUAAAUGUAUUGUUCACAUUAAGUUUUAAAGCAAUAACUUUUAAAUAAAGGCUUUUUUCACUUUUAAAUUCAGGCAUUGUGCACUAUACAAUUAAGUUUGUUAAGUGUUACUGGUAUAGCUGCCUGACUGAAGCCUGAGUGCUCCGUCUCACUUACAUUUGUUUACCUUUAUGUGUCAAUAAUAAUAUGAUUGGAGCCUUGAUCAAGAAAACCAAGCUACUUGCAUGUGAGUAAAGUUUAGUCCUAGAUAAGCCAGGGCAGUUUGCACAGGCUAAUCAGACGAUUCUGCUUUAACAAAUAUUUUUUAUUGAAGGGAGUCUCUUGUUAGCGAAAAUCAAGUUAAGGCAAAAAAUGUCCCUGAUUAGCCUGUGAGGACUGUUAAGGCUAAUCGGCCACAACACUGUUUUCUUGAGCAAGGCUUAUAUAUUUAAUACAUCUUUCAUACAUUGUUGUUAGUUGGUGUUUUCCUUAACACUUUCUGAUACUUUUAUAAGUUACAGAAAAAUAGCUUUUGGUUGUGGUACAUUAUAAAACAAAUCGAUCACACUUAAAAUGUAUGUUUUUAAUAUGUUUUUUCUUCCAUUUUGUUAUAUUAUCACAGUUUUAAUUAUCAUUCCACAUGCUUAAAAUAUUGCCUCAAUAAACCAAAAAGUGUA